AUGAAUCCAAUAAUAACAAUCAGCACACUCCUCAUCAUGACCUUUUCUCUGCUCUGCUUGGUGGAGGUGUAUGCAGCUUUCUGCUGCUCUCUGUUCCUAGGAUCUCACCGCAAUAGGAAAAUACCUCUUGAUGCUCCUGCUUGGCAAUGCCUUGCUGCUCUGGUAUGUGUCAAGUGUAAAUUUUUCAAUUCUACCAAGAAUUGUAUAAACCAGCGAGGACACUGUGCAGCCAAAAAAGACCAGAAGUGUCUCUUAUGGACAGUUACUUCAGGUGGAUUUCUCAGUUAUGGGUCUCAGACAUGCUGGACCCAUUGUGUGAGCAGAUUCAUUAUUAGAGGAAAUUUGAAAGUGGAAUUUAACUGUUGUAAUUCCAGUUCUUCAUGUAACGAACUUUAA